AGUUGCCGUAGGCAGUGGGUCGAAAGUGCCGGUCAAAAUGGAAGUGAAUCCCCCCAAACAGGAGCAUCUGCUGGCCCUGAAAGUGAUGCGGUUAACUAAGCCUACUUUAUUCACCAAUAUUCCAGUAACAUGUGAAGAAAAAGACUUACCUGGAGAUCUUUUUAACCAACUCAUGAGAGAUGAUCCUUCAACUGUAAAUGGUGCAGAAAUUUUAAUGUUGGGUGAAAUGUUGACUUUACCACAGAAUUUCGGGAAUAUAUUUUUGGGAGAGACCUUUUCCAGUUACAUCAGCGUUCAUAAUGAUAGCAAUCAAGUUGUAAAAGAUAUAUUAGUUAAAGCUGAUCUUCAGACAAGUUCUCAGCGUUUAAAUCUUUCAGCUUCCAAUGCUGCAGUGGCUGAACUUAAACCUGAUUGUUGUAUUGAUGAUGUCAUACACCAUGAAGUGAAGGAAAUUGGAACACACAUCUUGGUGUGUGCAGUGAGCUAUACAACUCAGGGUGGAGAAAAAAUGUAUUUUAGAAAAUUCUUCAAAUUUCAGGUUCUCAAACCAUUGGAUGUGAAAACCAAAUUUUACAAUGCAGAGAGUGACCUCAGUUCUGUGACUGAUGAAGUAUUUCUGGAAGCCCAGAUUCAGAAUAUUACAACUUCACCCAUGUUUAUGGAGAAAGUUUCAUUGGAACCAUCUAUAAUGUACAAUGUAGCAGAAUUAAACUCAGUCAGCCAAGCUGGAGAAUGUGUAACUACGUUUGGAUCCAGAGCAUAUUUGCAGCCAAUGGAUACACGCCAGUAUUUGUACUGCCUAAAACCCAAGAAGGAGUUUGCAGAAAAAGCAGGCAUCAUUAAAGGAGUAACAGUAAUUGGAAAAUUGGAUAUAGUGUGGAAAACAAAUCUAGGUGAAAGGGGAAGAUUACAGACCAGCCAACUUCAGCGAAUGGCUCCAGGUUAUGGAGAUGUUAGGUUGUCUUUGGAGGCAAUCCCAGAUACCGUAAACCUAGAAGAACCUUUUCAUAUUACCUGUAAAAUAACAAACUGCAGCAGUGAAAGGACUAUGGAUCUGGUUUUGGAAAUGUGCAAUACCAAUUCUAUCCACUGGUGUGGCAUUUCAGGAAGACAGCUUGGAAAGCUGCAUCCCAGUUCUUCUCUCUGCCUUGCCCUUACUCUGCUGUCUUCAGUACAAGGACUGCAGAGUGUCUCCGGCUUAAGACUAACAGACACAUUCUUAAAGAGAACAUAUGAAUAUGAUGACAUCGCACAGGUCUGUGUGGUAUCUUCGGCCAUUAAAGUGGAGAGCUAAAGAUUUCCAGUGCUUUUCACUGAAUUUCACAGAACUGUCUUUUUUGUCAUCUUUGUGAAAUGAUCAAGUCUACAACAAAAAUAAGUACCUAUUAUUUAAAUUUCUUUCCUGACAAAGUUAAAAUAUUAAAUAUUUGUUUUGAAAAGAA